AACACAAAAAAUGAUUCCAAUGAGUUUUUUUUGGGUUUUGUUGUGCGAAGAAUGUGGUUUGCACAUAGCUUUCAAGAUCUCCUUGUGGGUUUGCGUUGAAAUCUUCGUGGCUUAGCGUGAAGAGUUGGACUCCCAUUACAUUCUAUUACUCCACGUCAUCAUACAAUCCCACACCUUUAAACCCAAGAACACCUCUAUUUUCCUCUCACCUUCAAUCCAAUUCACAAACCAAACCACCAAAACCUUUCACUUUCAAAGUUCUCUGUUUUCCUCUGUUUUUUCUCUGUCUUUCUCUCCUAAAAUAAAAAUGGAGGGUCUCAUUCCAUUUGUGUACAAAGCUAUAAUGCAAUACAAGAAUGGGAAACAAGGACCUAUUGGAUCAUGGCUUUGUGAGUCACCUUCUUACUCAUACAUGAAACUUCCCGGUGACUCGGGUCGGUUUCAAACCCCUGCUGCAAAUCUCUUUGGUUCAGAUUAUGGGUUUUCUGCCUCUUCACCAUCUUCCAAGCCUUCUACUUCUGCAACCCAAAUCAUAGUUUCUUCUGGUGUUCAAUCUCCACACCGUCGUUUGAACUCACCUGGAGUUUCAACAUGAGCAUCUAAAUCAACAUGUUGUACAUGAAUGUAUUUACUUCUUGUAUUGUUAAGUGUGUAUGUUUGUAUUUUUAAAUUGUUCAAGUUUGGGUUGUAAUUCUAACUUGCAAGCGUUUGGGUAUAACCAAAGGAGUCCUACGCUAGCAUAUUUGUCUUGUGCAAAUGUAAAUA